AUGUGCAAAGACUGUGAUGAAAAGAAGGCGACUUUGGAUGGAGACAACUACAUGUGUGACAUCGACAUGACUCACUGUCUCGCAACGCACGAGAAGUGUCAGAUCUGUAUUGGUGAAAAGUGCAAGAAGUGUGAAGAAAAACUUUUAGUAGACACUGUGAAGGAUGUGUGUGUGACCGAGUGUCCAGAUGGUUACUAUGAUGGUUCUAUAAUCUGUGAAAAAUGUAAAGCACAUUAUGACAGGCCUUGUGAAGAUGAUGAGUGCAGAAAGUGCACUGGUGGUGUUGUUGGUAUUUUGGUAGCAUGUCUUGCUGUUGCUCUUUUCUUCGUGUUUUAA